CUGCUCUUUGCUCUAUCACUCGGAGACUCGUUUCUUGUGUGUGCUCGCCAAGCCCAGCAAGUCACGGGCAGCACCAAGCCAAUGGAGGAAGCGAGGGGGCACCAGGGGAUACCGGCGUUCGGCGAAUGGAACUACGGCGACGGCGACGACUGGCCUGUGCUCGCCCAACGCUUCGAGUCUGCGAUGCACACCCAGCUCCCCGUACACAAAGCCUGCAAGAGAGCGAGGGCGUGUCGCAGGAGGCGCUUCCCAGCGUUCGGAGAUUGGAACAACCUCGGUGAUGGCGACGCCGGUGGCUGGACGACGGCCGUCGUCAACCAGUACUUCGAGCCUGUCACGGCACACAAAUCACUCAAGGAGGAAUUCAAUGGUUACCACAGUGGCGUCGUCGCCAUGGGGAAGCAGCAGCACAAGGUGGCGAGGCAAACCUGGGUGGAUGACUCAGGGACCCACGUGGCAAUGCAACCUUUCUCCUUCGUGGCGGUCAAGGCUGUUGACGACGACCUGUAUGAUGUCCCACCGGACAUGCUCUGUGCCAAGCCACUACGGAAAGGUAGGACAUGGCUGAGGAGACCGUGAUGAUCAAGCGCCCAUCUAUAGUCUUCUUGUUUGCUUGUGCAUGCCACCUAGGGCUCACAUUGCUACAUGUUUUGAUGGAUCGAUGGAUGAACUGCACGAUGUCGUUCACUGUCAUUGAGAAUGUAACUGUAUAUGUAAGAUGGUGGUGGCGGGUUCAUAACUUACAUGUAGGUUAUGCUUUAUUUAUUUAUUUUUACAUAUAUGAGCAAAACACCCAAGUCGAUUGAUUUUGAUUUUUGAAAGAUUAAUGUACUAAAGUCUGGAUGCUGCAAUUAAGAAGGGAACGUGCCCAUAUUACUAGCUA